AUGGUGGACGGUACGAAACUUCCUAUCCACGGCGAAGCAUCACUGCAGCUGCAUAUAGGUGCGUUGAGGUGGAAGCCGAAGCUACCAGUCACCAACAUCAAAGGGUUAGAUUUUAUCUUGGGGCGAGAUUUUCUGAAGCGGUUCAACCCCGAGAUCGAUUGGAUCAAUAGCAAGGUGUGCAUCUACAACAACGGGAAGCGGAUAGCACUACGAAGCUGGACGGAUACAGGGGACGUACCUGAGACGACACUGGCACGGUUCGAACAGACAGUGAACGAGAGUAACACGGGUUACCUAGCACUGGUCAUGGCAGCAGCAGAGGAGGAGAAGCCGAGUUCCGAGCUCCCUGCAGCAGUGAAGGAGGUCUUGGAGCAGUACAAAGAUAUAAUGCCCGACGACCUACCUGCAGGCGUACCUCCAGCACGCACCCACGAGCAUGAGAUCGUGGAGGAACCAGGUGCAAAACCCGUCUCACGUGCACCAUACCGACUGAGUCCGACCGAACUAACAGACAUGAAGAAACAGAUAGAGUAUCUACUGGACAGACAACUGAUCCGCCCAUCCACCUCUCCCUACGGUGCACCAGUUCUCUUCACUCCAAAACCAGACGGCAGCUUACGGAUGUGCAUCGACUACCGCGCACUGAACAAACAGACAGUUAAAAACAAAUACCCCAUACCGCGCAUCGACGACUUACUGGACCAACUGCGUGGUGCAACAGUCUUCUCGAAGCUGGACCUACGGUCGGGUUACUGGCAGAUCAAGAUGGCGAACAACUCGAUCCACAAGACGGCGUUCCGUACUCGAUACGGCUCCUACGAAUACUUGGUGAUGCCGUUCGGACUCUGCAACGCACCAGCAACGUUCCAGGCGGAAAUGAACCAUAUUCUACGGCCCCUGCUGGACGAGUGCGUAGUGGUGUACCUGGACGAUAUCCUCAUCUACUCCAAGAAUAUGAAGGAGCACGUGGAGCAUCUGCGGAAGGUGUUCGAGAUCCUGCGGAAAAACAAGUUCUACGUGAAGCUGUCGAAGAGCGACUUUGCCCUGAAGAAGGUGCAGUUUCUCGGGCACAUGGUGAGUGCCGAGGGCGUACACCUGGACCCGCGGAAGAUCAAAGCCGUCAAGAAGUGGAAAGUUCCGGAGAACGUGAAGGAGUUGCAGCAGUUCCUAGGAUUCGCCAACUACUACAACAGACGCUAG